UGGCGGGAGUUUUUAUCCAAAGUGGCUGGGAAUCAAAACAAACAAUUUGUUCCUGUUUUUUUUGGGGUAUUUGCAGUGGAAAUUACCAAGUGAAUAAGAUAAUUUGUGCAACAAAAUUGUGUCUGAACUCUGAAGAUUGUAAAGUGAGAGAAAAACAAUUGAUAGGAUUGCUAUCUUUCGUGGGAAGAGUUUUAGCAACAAAGUAACCUCAAAGUUGUAAACGUUUUCCGGAAUUGAGAAGAAAAACCUCCCAGGAAAAUGGUGAGUGACAAAAAACGGCGGUCCAGGUCAAGGGAGAGGAGUGAUGUGAAGGAGAAGGAUCGGGAGAGGACCAGGGAUCGUGAAAGGAGGCGUUCCCGGUCGAGGGAAAGAGAAAGGGGAGAAAGGGCACGAUCUCGCUCCAGGGACAGGGAACGUGUGCGUUCCAGGUCAAGGGAGAGAGAUCGAGCAAAGCCCGAGCAGAAAUUUGAUCGAAAGGAGCGUGAGAGGUCUCCAAAAGAACGCUCCAAGGAGGUCAAACCUACACCUUCCGGCAGCAAGACCGAAGAAAAGGUCAAAGCUGAAGUUAAAGCAGAAGAGAAGCUCAAGGAAGAUCCAGAUGAGGAUGUUUCCCAGAAGAAAGUGGAACCUCUGUCUCUGGAGGAGUUGCUGGAAAAGAAGAAAGCCGAAGAGGCUGCCAGAAGUCGACCUGUGUUCAUAUCCAAAGAACAAAGAGCAGCAGAAGCCCUAAAGAGACGUCAGGAGCAAGUGGCAGCUCAGCGAGCUGCUCUGGCCAAUGUACCACGAUUUGGGGACGUCCCAGUGGCUAAUCUGCUGGCCAAGGAACGCGAAGUCGAGCGCAAUGAGAGGAUGAUUGAGAGAAAUGAGCGAAACGAGAGGGAGAGGAUUGAGAGGAACGAGCGGUUAGAAAGGAUUGAGAGGAGCGAGAGGAAUGACAGAAACGACAGAAAUGACAGGACUGAUCGGGAUCGGCGCCUGGAGAAAGCAUCUGAUCGUGAUCGGGAGGAUCGCAAGAAGGCAGCAUCCACGGAGGACAUGGCGCCCAAGGACAAAGAGAAGGAGCUUGAGGCCAUCCGGGAGAGAUAUUUGGGCAUAAUCAAGAAGAAACGUCGUGUCCGGAGGCUCAAUGACAGGAAAUUCGUCUUUGAUUGGGACGCUUCUGAGGACACUUCUGUGGAUUACAAUGCCCUGUACAAGGAGAGGCAUCAUGUGCAGUUCUUUGGCCGAGGCAACAUUGCGGGCAUUGACAUAAAAGAGCAGAAGCGCAAGCAGAGUAAAUUCUAUGGGGAUUUGCUGGAGAAGAGGCGCACGGAGGCGGAGAAGGAGCAGGAGAAGGUGAGAUUGAAGAAGAUGAAGCGCAAAGAGGACAAGCAGAAAUGGGAUGAUCGACAUUGGUCAGAGAAGGAGCAUGAUGAGAUGACAGAGAGAGAUUGGAGAAUCUUCCGGGAGGAUUACAAUAUCACGAUAAAGGGUGGCAAAAUACCCAAUCCGUUUAGGAAUUGGAAGGAAAGUGGCUUUCCCAAGGAGAUUCUGGAUAUUGUGGAGAAGGUGGGAUAUAAGGAACCGACACCAAUUCAGCGUCAGGCUAUUCCGAUUGGGCUGCAGAAUCGGGAUAUUAUUGGAGUGGCUGAGACGGGUUCGGGGAAGACAUUGGCAUUUUUGAUUCCGUUGCUGUCGUGGAUACAGAGUUUGCCGAAGAUUGAGCGUCUGGAGGAUGCAGAUCAGGGGCCGUAUGCAAUUAUUUUGGCUCCGACGAGAGAACUUGCCCAGCAAAUUGAGGAGGAAACUGUGAAGUUUGGGACGCCACUGGGAAUCCGUACGGUGGUUGUUGUGGGUGGUCUGUCCAGGGAGGAGCAGGGAUUCCGUCUUCGGCUGGGCUGUGAGAUUGUUAUUGCCACGCCGGGAAGGUUGAUUGAUGUGUUGGAGAAUCGGUAUCUUGUGCUGAAUCAGUGUACGUAUAUUGUGUUGGAUGAGGCUGAUCGGAUGAUUGAUAUGGGUUUCGAGCCGGAUGUCCAGAAGAUUCUGGAAUUUAUGCCAGUGACAAAUCUCAAGCCGGACUCUGAGGAGGCUGAGGAUGCACAGAAACUCAUGGCCAACUUCUACAGUAAGAAGAAAUAUCGGCAAACGGUAAUGUUUACAGCUACGAUGCCUCCGGCAGUGGAACGUCUGGCCAGGUCGUAUCUCAGGCGUCCGGCUACGGUGUACAUUGGGUCCAUUGGUAAGCCGACCGAGAGGACAGAACAGAUUGUGUACAUGAUGGGAGAGAAUGACAAGAGGAAGAAGUUGAUGGAGAUUCUGUCGAGAGGAAUUGAGCCGCCAGUGAUUAUUUUUGUGAAUCAGAAGAAGGGAGCAGAUGUCCUGGCCAAGGGUCUGGAGAAGUUGGGGUACAAUACGUGUACACUGCACGGUGGCAAGGGUCAGGAGCAGCGUGAGUAUGCACUGGCUUCGCUCAAAAACGGCAGCAAGGACAUUUUGGUGGCAACGGAUGUUGCUGGACGUGGUAUUGAUAUCAAGGAUGUCUCCCUGGUUAUCAAUUAUGACAUGGCCAAGUCCAUUGAGGACUAUACGCAUCGUAUUGGACGAACUGGACGUGCAGGAAAGAAUGGUGUGGCCAUUUCGUUCCUCACAAAAGAUGACAGUUCACUGUUUUAUGAUCUCAAACAGUGCAUCAUGUCCAGUCCCGUGUCGGCUUGUCCGCCCGAAUUGAUGAAUCAUCCCGAGGCGCAGCACAAGCCAGGUACCGUUGUGACAAAGAAGCGUCGGGAGGAGAAGAUCUUUGCCUAAUUGCACUUGAGUGUUUGGAUAUCUCAAUAGAAUAUCUUGUAAAUCUCCCAUUGAGAGACCUCCUCUAUGUUUUUCUUUUGGGCUAAGAGAGUGAAUAAAGAGUCUUUUGUGGGAA